AUGGCUCAUUGGUCAAUCCAAGACUUGGAAAGUGAAAUCAUUCAUUUGGCUGAUCUCCACAACAAGAGACAUGGCCAAGAGAUUGUGGAUAGAAUGGCUGCUCAAGUAGCCCAUAAGCUGGAGCACUGUGGCAAGGUGACACCCACAGUUUUAGUCAGGUUGUCUGAAGCUAUUAGUAAAGCAAACUUGCCAUCAGAUAUGACUGACCUUCUACAAAAGACUUUGGAUGAUCGAGCAUUGGAUGAUUCAAAGGGAUGUUUGGAGCUGGUGAACAAAGGCCAGAUCAAUGUGACCAUUUACAAUUACUUGUCAGUGGAAGAGCUCAAGCAAAUUAGGACUGCUCCUAUGCACACAAUGGUUCAGAUAGUGAUCAGGAGAAUGAGGGCUAUUGGCAUUCGAUCAUUGAAGGAAUGUACCAAGAAGGCUGCUUGUGCGUACAUGAUUUUUCUAUUGCUCCAAAGAGGAGAGCCCCAGCCCACAUCAGUGGAAAUCUAUAGACUUGCUGAGUACUUCAGGACAUGCUUUGCUGUGUGUAGGCAGUCUGCUUUGGACUUCAUCAAGAAGGCCUAUGGCACUGACAAGCCUGUGGAGCCCAACUUGGAAACAGCUUCUGCUGUGGCUGCACAAAUGAAAUACACUCCUGUGAGGGAUACAAGCCUCUUGCUUGCAGAGUCUCUUGGAAUGUCAAAAAAGAAGAGGCAGCUGAAGGUGUCGAGUGACAUUGAUAUCAAUGGUGAACUUCUGGCUGGUCUUGCAAAACUGGUGAGCCAGGCCAAGAAUAUGGACUCAGAGUCAUCUUUGGAAACCAGGGUGAAAGAGGCUGCAAGACCAUCAUUCAAAGAGAAGAGAUCCUUUUCUGUGGAGAGCAUUACCAAAUCGAACAGCCAAAGCUCUCUGGCAGGUUUGCAUUUGGAGUCACCCCACACAGAGAUUGAGCCUUUGCCUCUCCCAGCAGCCCCAGAGGGCAAUGAAGAGAAUGAAAAAGAAAAAGACAGUGCUUUGCUUGAGCUCCCAGUGUCCAAGCCAGAAGCCAUUGCAUCUGGCCAGAUGGAGAAGGCCAAAGAGGAUUCCAAGCACACACUGGAAGACUUUGAGCAGCAGGCAUAUGAUGAACUCCAAGGGAAAACUGUGAUGAAGAGACCAUCAGCACAUCCUCAAAUGAUGAAGAAGCCAGCUGCAUGCACCAAGCAAACACUUGCAGCCCCAGACACCAAAGAACCCAAAGCAGGCUCCAAGAGGAAAGCCAAAUUGACUUGCUAUGGAUGUUCAAGAUGCCGUGGGAACCCUCAUGGGUGCUCUUCCUGUGCCAUUGAGAGCUACAAGGGUGAGAGGCUGAAUGGAAGAGAAGCAUGGAAGAAGUUCAUGCAUAAAAAGCAAAGGGGUAAAUAG